CCAUUGAGAGUGUAAAUAAAUGCCUACUUGUUAAAAAGAGUCUCAAACUUACUCCUCAAAGUUUAUCUACACAAAAGUACUUAAAAAACAAGCACAUUUUCACGCAAAUUAUUUACUCGCGUGCAAAUAUUCUCAAACGUCUCGCAAUGGAAAUCACACCCAAGAAGCAAACUUUUGAAAUAAAACAAGAAACGGAGCAUAGGGAAAUCAAGAUAAACGAGUUAAAAAACUUUCUCGUCGAAUUGGACACCAUGCGAAACGUACUUAUCGGUACAGAGUCGAAAUUAGCAUCAAUUUCGAGAAAAUGUGUCAAAUAUUUUGAAGAUUACAACGUAUCCUGCGACCUCCACCUGAUGCUGGCGAACGGGCUGAAUUCAAUCAACACCGGGCUUGACGAAGUGGAGAAGAAAUUUCGGGCAAAAUAUGAUCCUGAAUGGACAGGGGAUGACGACACGGCAUUAUACCAAUUACUGCUUAGUAGUGAGGUUUUCGCCAUAAAGUCGGAGGAGGACGACGUCCUCGCAUCCAGAAAUAUUAAUAAUUCUGACGAGGAAAAAAUUCCUAGCUCGUACGUGUCUGAUUUACAUUACGAACCUCACUAUGGGGAGGGCGACGAUGAGGACGACUUAACUUCUGGACCCCUAACUCUGGUAGUGCACUCCAUCCGAAAUCCCACUGAAAAACGUCGUCGUCUCACCACCACCCGUAAAACCAGACACCCUUCACCCCCAAAAACCAACAACUCCAGGGGCAAAAAGGUCUCAAAACCCGCCACUUCUACCAAUAAACGCCCCAUUUUAAACCCUCCCACCGUAUCCAGUCGACCCUUCAAAAAAGGCCACCCUCGACAAGUCCCCCGUCACGUGCCCCAUUUGCUCCAAAAUCUUGUCCCACAACGGCCUCGCCCUCCACACCGAACGGCGCCACACCGUGCGCCCCAAGGACUUCAAGUGUACCCUUUGCCCUCGCGAAUUCGCGACGAAAGGCAUGAGAGCUGUGUGCACCAAGGGGUGAGGAAGUUCGCGUGUCACGUGUGCGGAAAGGGGUUCAAGAGAGGGCACCAUUUAAAAUAUCAUGAAAACACGUAUGUCCGUAAAGGACAGUAGAGGGCUGCUUGAAUCGGCCCCAAAAAUACGAGUAUGUACAUAAACACUUGUUGCAAAAAAUUGCAAGUUGUGCGACAUAAUUUUGUCAUCUGUAACCCUCUUUCGGCCAGUGAUUCACUACAUGUAAAUGCAUCUCUACGUACAAUGUAGUUCAGACCGAAUAUUAUCUUUUGUAAUACAUUCAACGAACUUUUAUUUAUACUUAAACGUAUUUGGACAAUACGAACGGAUUUAUUUAUGAACAAAUGCAUACAUAUGUAUUAAUUAGGUAAAAUAAAUUUCGCAUUAUUAAUUGUUACGCAGCGCCUUCGCGAAAUACAAAUUCGUGAAAACGUUUCAGUAAGAUAAACAGAUAUAUACUUAAACUGAAGUUAAAUUAAUAUGAGUUUUUAAUUGAAGUUACACUCAAAAUGAGGG